CGCGCUCCGGCGGCGGGGGCGGGGCCUGCGCGUGUCUCGCGCCGGGGGCGCGGGAGGGGAGCGGCGGAGCCGGAGCGCGCGCAACGAGAGGCGGAGAGGCACGCGCGUGGAGCCGACCUCACCUCCCCUCACCGCCGCCGCUGCCGCCGCCUCGCUCUGCCCCGCGGCCUGACAGGCAGAUAUGGUUCUGAACAUCGUGAGCACGUGACUUCAAAGAUGGACGACGGGAUCUUUUAUAAGUUGUGAUUGGCCUUAAGCUGACUUUUAACUGUUGAACAACUUAACAGGAUUUCUCUCAUUCCUGAUUUAUGCCUAUAUAGUUGCCUCACACCACCAGCUUAAUCAUGUAUGGAAGUGCUCGGUCAGUUGGUAAGGUUGAGCCAAGCAACCAGAGUCCAGGGCGUUCACCAAGGCUGCCACGGUCACCACGCUUGGGCCAUCGUCGAACCAACAGCACAGGAGGCAGUUCUGGGAGUAGUACUGGGGGUGGCAGUGGGAAAACCCUUUCAAUGGAAAAUAUUCAGUCCUUAAAUGCUGCCUAUGCUACAUCUGGCCCUAUGUAUCUAAGUGACCAUGAGAACGUGGGUGCAGACACCCCAAAAAGCACCAUGACUUUGGGCCGAUCUGGGGGGCGGCUGCCUUAUGGAGUUAGGAUGACUGCAAUGGGUAGCAGCCCUAACAUUGCUAGUAGCGGAGUUGCCAGUGAUACUAUUGCAUUUGGAGAGCACCAUCUCCCUCCAGUGAGUAUGGCAUCCACUGUGCCUCACUCACUGCGCCAGGCCAGGGAUAACACAAUAAUGGAUCUGCAGACGCAACUCAAAGAAGUACUAAGGGAAAAUGACCUGCUCCGCAAGGAUGUGGAGGUGAAAGAAAGCAAGCUGAGUUCUUCCAUGAACAGUAUCAAGACCUUCUGGAGUCCUGAGCUAAAAAAGGAGAGAGCUCUGAGGAAAGAUGAAGCUUCAAAAAUCACCAUUUGGAAGGAGCAAUAUAGAGUUUUGCAAGAAGAAAACCAGCAUAUGCAGAUGACUAUUCAGGCUCUCCAAGAUGAGCUGCGGAUCCAGAGGGACCUGAACCAGCUGUUCCAGCAGGACAGCAGCACUAGAACCAGUGAGCCCUUUGUGGCAGAGCUGACAGAGGAAAACUUCCAACGACUUCAUGCAGAGCACGAACGCCAGGCCAAGGAACUCUUCCUGCUACGUAAAACCUUAGAAGAGAUGGAACUGCGUAUUGAGACACAGAAACAGACCUUAAAUGCACGUGACGAGUCCAUCAAAAAGCUGCUGGAGAUGCUGCAGAGUAAAGGUCUGUCAGCAAAAGCCACUGAGGAAGAUCAUGAACGAACAAGACGGUUGGCUGAGGCAGAGAUGCAUGUGCACCACUUGGAGAGCCUUCUCGAGCAGAAGGAAAAAGAAAACAACAUGCUGAGAGAGGAGAUUCAUCGUCGAUUUGAAAAUGCUCCUGACACAGCCAAGACAAAAGCUCUGCAAACUGUCAUUGAGAUGAAGGAUUCAAAAAUUUCUUCCAUGGAGCGUGGCCUCCGGGAUUUGGAAGAGGAGAUUCAGAUGUUGAAGUCAAAUGGAGCUCUGAGCACAGAAGAACGUGAAGAGGAAAUGAAGCAAAUGGAGGUGUACCGUAGUCAUUCCAAAUUCAUGAAAAAUAAGGUAGAACAACUGAAGGAAGAGCUAAGUGCCAAAGAGGCUCAAGGGGAGGACCUGAAAAAAAGAGUGGCUGGUCUCCAGGCCGAGAUUGGUCAGGUGAAACAGGAGCUGUCACGCAAAGACACCGAGUUGCUGGCCUUGCAGACAAAGCUGGAGACCCUCACAAAUCAGUUUUCUGACAGCAAGCAGCAUAUUGAAGUUCUGAAAGAGUCCCUCACAGCUAAAGAGCAAAGAGCUGCCAUCCUGCAGACAGAGGUGGAUGCAUUGCGAUUACGACUGGAAGAGAAGGAGACUAUGCUCAACAAGAAGACAAAGCAGAUUCAGGAGAUGGCAGAGGAGAAGGGGACUCAAGCAGGAGAGAUCCAUGACCUCAAGGACAUGUUAGAGGUGAAGGAACGCAAAGUUAAUGUUCUUCAGAAGAAGAUUGAAAAUCUACAAGAACAGUUAAGAGACAAGGAGAAGCAAAUGAGCAGCUUAAAGGAUCGAGUUAAAUCCUUGCAGGCUGACACCACAAAUACUGACACUGCCUUGACUACGCUGGAAGAAGCACUUGCCGAAAAAGAAAGGACCAUUGAGCGCCUAAAGGAGCAGCGUGACAGAGAUGAACGAGAAAAACAGGAAGAGAUCGACAACUACAAAAAAGACAUUAAGGACCUGAAAGAGAGAGUCAGCAUUUUACAAGGAGAUCUCACAGAGAAAGAGUCAUCGUUACUGGACCUGAAGGAACAUGCUUCAUCCUUAGCUUCAUCAGGACUGAAGAAAGAUUCCAGACUCAAGACACUAGAAAUUGCAUUGGAACAGAAAAAGGAAGAAUGUUUGAAGAUGGAAACUCAAUUGAAGAAGCACCCUGAAGUUUUAUUGAGUCAUCCAUCCAAGCCAGCUCAUGAAGCAACACUGGAGGCUAGGGCCAGCCCAGAGCUGACUGAUCGUAUGCAGCAGCUGGAAAGGGAGGUAACACGGUAUCGGGAAGAAUCUAGCAAGGCUCAAGCUGAAGUGGAUCGUCUUCUGGAAAUCUUGAAAGAGAUGGAAAAUGAAAAGAAUGAUAAGGAUAAGAAGAUAGCAGAACUAGAGAGCCUCACCUCAAGGCAAGUUAAAGAUCAAAAUAAGAAAGUAGCAAAUCUGAAGCACAAAGAGCAAGUGGAGAAAAAGAAGAGUGCACAGAUGCUGGAGGAGGCCAGGAGACGAGAGGAUAAUCUUAAUGACAGCUCCCAACAGCUUCAGGACAAUCUACGUAAAAAGGAUGAUCGGAUUGAAGAAUUGGAAGAGGCACUCAGAGAAAGUGUUCAGAUAACUGCAGAGCGGGAAAUGGUGCUAGCACAAGAGGAGUCAGCCAGGAUGAAUGCUGAGAAACAGGUAGAAGAGCUGAUGAUGGCCAUGGAGAAGGUGAAGCAGGAGCUGGAGUCUAUGAAAGCAAAAUUAUCCUCUACGCAACAGUCUUUGGCUGAGAAGGAAACCCACUUGACCAACCUACGAGCUGAAAGAAGGAAACAUUUGGAAGAAGUUCUGGAAAUGAAACAAGAAGCCCUCCUUGCUGCCAUUAGUGAAAAAGAUGCCAAUAUUGCUCUACUAGAACUCUCGUCCUCUAAGAAGAAGACCCAAGAUGAAGUGGCUGCACUGAAACGAGAGAAGGACCGUCUUGUGCAACAGCUCAAGCAGCAGACUCAGAACCGUAUGAAGCUGAUGGCUGACAACUAUGAGGAUGACCACCUCAAAUCCUCAUCCCGUUCCAACCAAACCAACCACAAACCCUCCCCUGACCAGAUAAUUCAGCCCCUCUUAGAACUUGAUCAGAAUCGCAGCAAGUUGAAGUUGUACAUUGGACAUCUGACAGCCCUCUGCCAUGACCGUGACCCCCUGAUUCUACGUGGUCUCACCCCACCUGCUUCCUACCACCUGGAUGAUGACCGGGCAGCUUGGGAGAAAGAGCUGCAGAAGAUGACCCAGGAGCAGCUUCAUGAUGAAUUAGAAAAGGGCGAGAAGGAAAGCGCAGAGCUGCAGGAAUUUGCCAAUGCCAUCUUACAGCAGAUAGCGGAUCACUGCCCUGACAUCCUGGAGCAAGUUGUCAAUGCACUUGAGGAGUCAUCAUGACCUCGGCCACUAGCCCCACCAGAGCAGCACACCAGUGGCCAAGCCCAGUCAGUCCAAGGAGCCAUGAGAGUGGAGAGGAAUGGGAAAGACAGAAAAUGGAAUAGAAACUUCUGGUGCACCUUUUACAAAGAAAACAAAAGAAAGAAAAAAAACAACAACCAACUCUCUAAAAACUA